GAAGGAAAUGGGGGAAAAACCGAAAAAGACACAAUUCACGGGAGAGAGAUAGAGAGAGAAAAACAUAGAACUGAGUCAUGUCCACAGUCAACACUGUUGAAUCUUCACUUCCAACCCAAAGAUUAUUGGGGAAAGUGGCAUUGGUCACAGGUGGAGCUACUGGUAUUGGAGAGAGCAUUGUGCGCCUAUUCCAUAAACAUGGUGCAAAGGUUUGUAUAGUUGAUGUGCAGGACAAGCUUGGCCAGGCUGUCAGUGAUAACCUUGGUGGUGAACCAAACACUUGUUAUUUCCAUUGUGAUGUCUCUAAAGAAGAUGAUGUUUGCCGGGCAGUUGACUUCACAGUCAGUAAAUUCAGUACACUCGACAUCAUGGUCAACAAUGCUGGGUUGUCGGGCUCACCAUGUCCAGAUAUCCGUAAUGUAGACAUAUCAGAGUUUGAGAAGAUAUUUGAUAUAAAUGUGAAGGGAGUCUUCCUCGGAAUGAAACAUGCAGCUCGGAUUAUGAUUCCAUUAAAGAAGGGCUCAAUAAUUUCUCUAUGUAGUGUUUCAAGUGUCAUAGGGGGCAUAGGCCCCCAUCCCUAUACAGGGUCUAAGCAUGCUGUGUUAGGGCUAACCAAGAAUGUUGCAGCUGAGCUGGGGCUACAUGGGAUACGUGUCAACUGUGUUUCUCCUUAUGCAGUUGCGACAGGCUUGGCUUUAGCUCACUUGCCUGAGGAUGAGAGAACUGAGGAUGCCAUGGCAGGUUUUCGUGAUUUUGUUGGGAAGAAUGCUAACUUGCAGGGGGUGGAAUUGACUGUUGACGAUGUGGCUAAUUCUGUGCUGUUCUUAGCAAGUGAUGAAGCACGGUAUGUAAGUGGGGCUAAUCUCAUGGUUGAUGGUGGCUUCACUUGCACAAAUCACUUACUACGGGUCUUUAGAUGAUGCAUAACAUUCAAGAAUUUGGCUGCCUAGUUUUAGUAGCUGUUGAAAGCUUAUUGAAGUGCGAUAAUCCUGGUGGGCAGGGUCAAUAAGUGGUAAAAGGUUUAAUUCACUGAAUCCUCCAUAGAAAGUUGAUUUCGAUAUCAUCUGUUGUACACUAAAUAUUGCAGAUGGAUUGUGACAGUGCAAAUUGAAAUAAAAGUACAUUUCAUGAUGGACUUCCAACAGUUUUUUUUUUUUUUU